AUGAACCGCCUCAGCAAGACACUCCUCCACCUCCAAGCACACGAUGCCGAAAACGAAAAAGUCAACCUCAACUUGACACAUGCUCCGAUCUACCUCUCCCUCCUCUUUCACCUUCGAGCCAACGGAUCAUCCAGAACCGAGAUAGAGGGAUCUUUAUCAGCAGUACGACGGCACCCGGCCAAUCUGCAGUUCCUACAAACACUCAGAGAUACCAUACAUAUACCUGAUCCCGGAAGGCGUUUCUCAAAGGGAGGCCCAGAAGCAGAAGCUCAUCGAGGCGAUAGGGGCUCACAAGAGCCCGCGUCUCUCGAUAUCCUUCAGAAGCUGCGGGAGUCUGAGAACAUCGACGCGGCUAUCGAGGACAUAGAGUAUGCGAGCCUAUUGCUAUCCAUCGUUGACGAAGGAUAG